GUGACUUUGUACCACAACCAUCCACAACUUCGCACCUACAGCAUUGAUCAAGUAUUCUCAGCUUGUAUCGCACGCCUCAGUAAUAAGGCCUCGAUCCACUACGAAAUUUUGCGCUUCCAAAACACCUCGAGCCCCUCGAAAAGUCACAAACCUCGGUGCUCUCAAACCACUUGCCAACUCUACUACCUCCGACACAUUUCUUCUGCCAACCUAUUUCCAAACCACUUCACAACCCUUCUCACAAUGGCAUUCGGCGGUCUGUUUGGAGGCUCUUCCUCGUCCUCAGACUCUUCAUCGUCCUCCUCAUCCUCCUCAUCCACAGACCAAGCCGCAUUCUCAUCUCCACUGGGCCAAUCGUCCCCCUCGGGCUCCGGCAGCGCAACGCUCCAACGAAUCCAAUCCGCCAUCAGCCAGCAAUCCAACGUAGCCAACGCGCGCUACCUAAUCUCCAAAGUCAACGAGAACUGCUUCGAACACUGCGUGUCCAACCCACCCGGGUCCAGCCUCUCCUCCGGCGAGAACAAGUGCCUGACGGCCUGUAUGGAAAAGUAUUUUGACGCCUGGAACGUCGUGAACCGAGCGUACGUGACGCGCGUGCAGAAGGAAGGCGCUCUGAUGGCGAACACGACCGGUGGAUCACCUGGCGGAAAGGAACUGUUCUGAUUCUUUUUUGUUAUGCUUUCCCAUUGUUGAGGAGGUCGGGGAAAGAAAAGAACGGGCGCUUGAUGAGAAGGUGUUCCAUCGGUCGUGGCUCUGGAGGUAGAUAUGGAGAACGAUACAUACUCCCAGAGGCCCAUCGAGUCUGCUUUCACCCUGGUCUGGUGACCGAAAGAUCAGAGGACGAACAAGACCCCAAAGAGGACUUUGCGGCUGCAUGCACACGGAACCUUCCAAGUCUGUAUCUGAGCACUGUGGGGCGUGCCUUUGCAGAGUGACUUGAUAUUCACUUCACUGCGGCCCUUCUUGCCAUUGCUCUCUCCCCUGAAUUGAUGAGGGGACAUUGGCUCUGAGUGUACAAGUACAACCUCAGCUCCUACCCUACAUGAUAGAGGCACCAAUUCUUGUAUCUUGUACCACUACUUCAGAUCAUACAAUCUGGCAUGCUAGGGAGACCUUCUUGAAUGCAGGUGACGUUUAUGAGGGAAGAUGCACCCAUCAACUUGUCUCAGGCAGCGUCCACACCGAGCCAUGAUAUGUACCAUACCUGAAUACAUGAAAAUCAAAAAAUAGAGAAAAAAAUGGCAUAUGAAGA